AUGCUAUUGAGGGGCUCAGCAGGAUUCAUGCUGUUCUUGCUCUCUCAGUGCACUGUGUCUCUAGGCACAAAAGAGGCAGUGGUCUUGGCUAAUGCCCACCUUCUCCCCCAAAGAGACUAUGAGAGACUGGGAAACGCCAAUGAAAAAGACUAUCCAAGGGAUUGUUUUGAGAUUUUACAGCACUCUAAAGGAAAUUCCAGAGAUGGCCUUUACAUCAUCCAACCAAAAGAGGAACCAAUUGUUGUUUUUUGUAACAUGCAGGAUGGUGGCUGGACAGUGAUCCAACACAUUACAGCCAACAGUACUGUUGACUUUGACAGAACCUGGCAGGACUACAAAUAUGGAUUUGGCUCUGUUCAUGAGAACCACUGGUUAGGAAAUGAAUACAUGCAUCAGUUAACUGGCAGCUCAGUGCAAUAUGUACUUGGAGUUAAACUUGUAAAUCUAAAUGCUGAAGUCAAAUGGGGACAGUAUGAGCCAUUCCUGAUUGAAGGGGAAGAGUCUCAAUACCGAAUCAGGGUUGGUCUUUACAAAGGCAACGCCACUGAUGCGCUGACCCUGGACACAGAAGCUUAUCUCCAUGACAACCAGAAGUUCACCACCAAGGACAGAGACAACGACAAUUACUUUAUGAAUUGUGCUAAACUGGAACUCAAUGGUAUACCUGGGGGAGGCUGGUGGUAUGAUGCAUGUGCUGGAGCAAAUCUAAACCGCAGGAAUGUGAUAUACUGGCAAAAAGACUGCAACAAGCAACGCCCAUGCAAGUUUGCAUGGAUGAUGAUCAAACCUAUCAAGCACCACCAGUCAUACCCUACCAAGGCCUGCCCCUGUCAGAAAGUUGAACUGUAAACAAGCCGCGUGUAUUGGACAGGAACAUGGACUCUUGCUC